CCAUUCUAGGACACGUUUACUUCCUGUUUUAAAAAGCGAAACAUGAAUACUGUUUUGGCGAGAUUAAACACAAUUUUUGCCUUCACGCUAAGCGUGAUGGCAGGGUUGACCUUUCUGUGCUUUUUAUCAACAUAUUUCAAUGAUCACCAGGCAGUUGUUGCCAUUAACACCGGAAAGGUCAUCGUUAAAAAUGUACCUGAUUACAGUGCAUCAAGAGAGAAGAAUGAUUUAGGAUUUGUUGUCUUUGACCUGCAAACAGAUUUGUCAGAUAUAUUUAACUGGAAUGUGAAACAGUUGUUCCUGUAUUUGACAGCUGAAUAUAAAACUGAAGACCAUGCACUGAACCAGGUUGUUAUAUGGGACAAGAUUAUAAGGCGUGGGGAGAAUUCUAUUCUAGACUAUAGGAAAGCUAACACCAAAUACUACUUCUGGGAUUAUGGUAAUGGGCUCAGGUCCAAUAAAAAUGUGACCUUGACAUUGUCAUGGAAUGUGAUACCAAAUGCUGGCACCCUGCCAAAGAUCCAAGGUCAAGGUCACCAUAGAUUCCAAUUUCCUGAAGAGUACAGCCCAAACAGAUUCCAAUAAGAAACAGCUUUAGAAUAGAAACAUUUUAGGAUAUUAUUUUAAUUUGAAUGAAAAUCAAAAUUUGGUGGCGGAAUCAUGAAGUGUGAUUAAACCCUUAACCUGCUAAAAUUCUUACAUGGACUUAUCAAGAUUCCAUUAUGGAACAGUCCAUUAUCAUCUUUAGGGAUAUGAAAGUUUUAUGUUGGUCAGCCAACAGUAUAGAGCCUUGUUUGAUUGGACGAAUGUUCAGACUCACCUGGCUCUGUAAUGGUGGCUUAUUACUUUAGAUUCCAGCAAGGUAAGGGUAAAGAUAAGUGAGCUGGCCCAGGUUGUACUUCUUUAUUUCUAAGACUUUGGUUAUCAGGUCUUUUUGCAAUUUCUUUAUGGUGCUUUAUGAUUUUAUACUUUUCUUUGUGGAUAUUUUCUGUGAGGAUAAAAGAUUUUGUUGAAAAAAAAAAAAGAGAUUUGUGGAUAAAAAUAAGAGUUUUUGUAGUUUUUGAUACUGAUAAUGAGAUAUUCAUAAAGAGUUAAGUAGAUAUGGGAAGUUAAACAUUAUACUGUGGCCAUUACAUGUAACUGACAUGUAAAGGAUGUUUAUUCUGAUUCAAAAGAAAAUGUGUGUAAGACCGAUUUGUAUUUUGUUGUUAUGACUCAAAGUCAACCAUAAAUGUCUUCUGCUUUAAGACUACAGAGACCUUGAUUUAUGUGCUCCAUAUCGUCACCCUAGUGCAAUAACUGAUUAACUGAUUACAUUUAGAAGAACUUAUUACGUUACUGCACAAGGGUGACGAUAUAUGGUGUUAAUUUAGUCUACUGCUCACAAGCAGGUGUGCGAUAAUUGUUUUAUGACCAUUUAACAUUACAUGAUGCAAUAUAUCAAUGAAAUUGAAUGAAAACAUUUUGAAUUAUUUAUUAAGAUGUACAAAAUCAGCAAGAGAUGUAAGGACCAUAAAUAAACAUUUGAGCUGCGUCAUGACAAAACCAACAUAAUGGCUUUGCGACCAGUAUUGAUCCAUGACCAGUCUGUGCAUCCGUGCAGUCUGAUCAGAAUCCAUGCUGUUCGCUAUCAGUUUCUCUACUUGUAAUAGGGUUUGUAAGCGAACAGCAUGGAUCCUGAUCAGACUGCGCGGAUGCAAAGUCAUUAUGUUGGUUUUGUCAUGACGCGGCUCAAUUUUUUGUAAAGAUUUAUCACAUGAUUUGACAAGAAAAUUCUAAAAUAACUUUAUUUAUGAUACACAUUGUCAUAGUAUCUGACUUUUAACUGGUGACAGUAUUUUUUUUAUUUAUUUAAUAAAUUAUUGUGCAUGAUUAUGUGCUGUGUAAAAAAUGUUUUAUAAAAUGCACAAUGCAUGUUAUUGUCUAGCUUUAUUGUAUGUGUGAAUAACAUUCACAAGAAUGUUGAUUGAAUUAAGAUAUUUAUUUUCUGUCCUGUCAAUGAAAUGAUUUAUUGCAAGAUAAAUAAUGCAUAGGAUGACAUCUGUUUUAUUCUGUUUGAUUAAGGUGUGAAAGUUGAAAAAAAAACGUAUUUUUUCUUCUUUUUUGCAAGAAUAUAAGAUAUAUUUCUUACUUUUAAAGUGAUAUUAUUUCAUGUGUUGCACAUGUUGUUCAAUUACAAUAGUUUUAAAACUGUUUCUGUGAAUACAAACAAAUAUUCACCAAGUAAGUUUGUUGAAUAGACAUGGAAAAAAGUAAGAUUAAUGUUGAGCAACUUUGGUCUUUACAGUCUAAAAAUAACCGUUUUGUGUUGCACUUAUGUAUUUUUGCAGAACUGCAUUUUGUCCAAAUCAUGAAUAAUACAAGUGCCAUAGCAAACUGAUAAUCAGUUAGAGCACAAUGAUAAUUUUACUCAAUACACUUAUUUGAUGUGUAGAAUAACAAAUUGUCAUGUUAGAGCAGUAAUUGGUUGACAAGGCCCUCCUGAGACAUUAUUUCUCUCUGGCAUCAUGUCCUCUUAUAUAUAAUUGAGCCGCGUCACUACAAAACCAAUGUCAUGCGUUUUGUCGUGACGCGGCUCAAUUAAACUAUGAUCUGAAUUUCAUAUCACUCUUUGAAUUCUUCGUUAACCCUUAACCUGCCUAAAUAGACUUGUCCAACUUUUAGUUUUGGUAUAGUUUAUUAUCGAUUCUGCAUGUAACAAGAUGAAAAUUAAAGUUGGCGAGUAAACAGUAUUGAGUCUGGUCAGACAGCAUGGAAGUGCAGGCUAGCCUGGCCCUAUACUGAUGGCAAAGGUUACUCAUUCUCAGUUCCAGCAGGUGAAAGGUUAAACGAUAUGUGCAAAGAUUAAUUAACAUUAUUUUUCUACAGCAAUGUAUACAAGAGUGUGAUAUUGAAUGAAUUGUUUGUGAAUGUGAACAUUGUAUGUGGAUGUAGGAAUGCAAUAAAAUGAAAAUAUGUAAUAGUAUCUGGGACAUACAAUAAGUUAUUGUAUAUCCCAGAUAGUAUUCAGCAUGUAGUAUAUCAACUUACUACUGAUAUUGUUUUCAUCAAUUCAUUAACUGCAUAAAUUGUAAAUAUUUACAUUUGGUUAGAAAUAUUAGAUAAUCAUUACAUACAAUUUUUGUGUAGGUAAUAUUUUAUUAUCAAUUUGUAAUUCUGCUUUCCCUUUUUUAUACACCUAUGUAGUGCAUAUUUAGACAAACAAAAUAAAGAUAUACUUUGUAUGGAUAAUAGUUCCAGUAUUAUAAAAAAUGUAGAUGUUGCUAUUUCAUUUUUAGCUCACCUGUCACAAAGUGACAGGGUGAGCUUAUGUAAUCACUUUUCGUCCGGCGUCUGUCCGUCGUCCGGCCGUCCGUCCGUCCGUAAACUUUUACUUUAAAUGACAUCUCCUCAUUAACCACUAAGCCAAUUUCAUCCAAACUUCACAGGAAUGUUCCUUUGGUGGUUACCUUUAAAAAUUGUUCAAAGAAUUUAAUUCCAUGCAGAACUCUGGUUGCCAUGGCAACCAAAAGAAAAAACUUUAAAUAUCUUCUUUUAAAAAAAACCCAAGAGCUAGAGCUUAGAUAUUUGGCAUGAAACAUCUUCUAGUGAAUGUCUACCAAGUUUGUUCAAAUAAAAUCCCUAGGGUCAAAAUUUGCCCCGCCCCAGGGGGUCAUUGAUUUUCCCUAUAUGCAUAUAGUAAAAACUUAAAAAAUCUUCUUUUAAAGAACCCAAAGAGCUAGAGCUAAGAUAUUCAGCAUGAAACAUCUUCUAAUGAGUGUCUACCAAGUUUGUUCAAAUAAAAGCCCUGGGGUCAAAAUUGGCCCCGCCCCAGGGGGGUCAUUGAUUUUCCAUAUAUGCAGAUAGUUAAAACUUAAAAAAUCUUCUUUUAAAGAACUCAAAGAGCUAGAGUUAAGAUAUUCAGCAUGAAACAUCUUCUAAUGGGUGUCUACCAAGUUUGUUCAAAUAAAAGCCCUGGGGUCAAAAUUGGCCCCGCCCCGGGGGGUCAUUGAUUUUCCUUAUAUGUGUAUAGCAAAAACUUAAAUAAUCUUCUUUGAACAAACCCAAAUAGCUAGAGUUUAGAUAUUAAGCAUGAAACAUCUUCUAGUGAGUGUCUACAAAGUUUGUUCAAAUAAUAGCCCUGGGGACAAAAUUGGCCCCGCCCGGGGGGGUCAUUGAUUUUCCCUAUAUGCAUAUAGUAAAAACUUCAAAAAUCUUCUUUGAAAAAACCCAAAUAGCUAGAGUUUAGAUAUUAAGCAUGAAACAUCUUCUAGUAAGUGUCUACAAAGUUUGUUCAAAUAAAAGCCCUGGGGUCAAAACUGGCCCCGCCCCAGGGGUGUCAUUGUUUUUAACUAUAUGUGUGUAGUAAAAACUUAAAAAUCUUCUUUUAAAAAACCCAAUGAGCUAGAGCUUAGAUGUUUAGCAUGAAAUAUCUUCUUAUGGAUGUCUACCAAGUUUGUUCAAAUAAAAGCCCUUGGGUGAAAAUUGGCCCUGCCAGGGGGGAGGGGGAGAUCAUUGUUUUUCAUUACAUGUGUGUAGUAAAAACUUAACAUUGUGAAACAUCUUCUAAUGAGUGUCUUCAAAGUUUGUUCAAAUAAAAGCCCUGGGGUUUAAACUGGCCCCGCUCCGGGGGCCUAUAUACAGGUGAGCGACCUCAGGGCCAUCAUGGCCCUCUUGUUUUUAGAUACCUAUAUGCCAGACUUAUUUCAAAUAAAAUUUGAAAGCCAUAAUUUUGUUCGGACAGAUUUAAAUAAAUGUGUCCAGAGGCAACUAGUCAUGUUUUGCAAAGCCUAAGACUAGUUCAGUAUGACAGACCAAAGGAUAAAAAAAUCCUGAAUAUUGUAGACCAGUCCAAAAUUCUAGCUUAUUUUGAAACAUUAUUUGAAAUUGGCCAAUGAGAGUGUUUUAUUUUCAGACUGGUGUACAAUUUCAGGUUUUAUAUUUUUGGUCUGGACUAUAGAUUACUGAUGAUGGUCUUGUGUGAUGUGUUGUUAAUUUUUUAAUAAUGUAGACAACCAAAUGUAUAAUCAUUUUAGGAAAAUGAAUUUGAUUAUUUGUCAAUAAAUUUGAUGAUUAUUUUAGAUAUCGGAUAUUGAUUUAAAAUGCAUGUAGAUUAUCUAUGUAAUUUAAUUACAGUUGUAAGUGCAGCAUUUUAUACCUCUAAUAAUAUUUGUAUUGAAUUUUAUUCAUGAUAGAUGUGAAGAAGAAAAAUAUCUGUAUGAAUGAAAAUUAUUGUAAUGUAUAUUGUAGUAUAUGUAGUUGUGCAUGUUUGCUGUCUUGUAAUUAGCACAUUUCUUCUUCUCAAUUGUUGACCAUUUUUGAUGCAUUUUUACAAAAAUAUACAUGUAGGACUUGUUAUCAUAGGCUUAAUGUGAUUUUGUUAAUGAAACAAAAAAUGCCUGAUCACGAGUUGCAAAUGCAUUUGAUGUUAAUAUUUGUAGUGAUAAAAGCAUGAAAAGUUACAGAUCUGCUACUACAUAAAUAUAGUUAUGCUAUUGUAGAAAAUGUGAAAAAAUGUGAACUGUUGUUAAUGAAAUGUGAAAGGUGCUUAUGAAAUAUUGAAAAUGUGAAACAUUGAGCUUAAAUUUCACUCUUCAUAUGAUGAAAUGUGAAUGGUUUUCAUUUAAUAAUUUAUAAAGAGUCGAGAAUUAAGAGUUAAGCAUCUCCAUUUCUUACCAUUUGAAGAUUAAAAGAAAUAACCAUUAUUUAUGUGUUUGUGCAAUUUGAUAAUAGUGAGUAUUGUAAAAAUAUUUUAGACUAAUCAAAAAGUAAGAUUUUUGGAAAUGAUAAUUAGACCACCAUAAAAAAGUUAAGUUUGCAAUAAUGUGACCAUGUGCGGCAAGUUCAUUUCCAUAGACAAAUUUACUUUCACAUGUGUUCACCUAAUUUUUGCCAUUUUGUUUUAAAAAUAUUUAUUCAUUGUAAAAGGCCAUGUGACACAGCAAACAAGCAUUUUUUCAAGAAUGCCUCAUACUCUCCUUCAUGCACUAAGCUCAUUGUUUAUUUGUUGUUUUUCUUUAUGAUUGAAUGAACUACAUGUAUACUUGUUUAUUAUGUAUAUUUGGUGAAUGGAUUUACUGGUAAUAAAUUUUCAUAUUUAUUUUAUUACCUUAUGACAUCUAAUUGUCUAUUGUUGUAAAAUAAAAUGUAAAAAUGUGAA